CUGAGGGGGUGGAGUGUUGCGGUUUUGUCCUUCCGCUUAGACCUGUCUGCGAUCAAUGUGAACGGCUGGAGGUGGAAAAUGUUGCUGGAGGGCUGAGGGUUUGGACAGCAGGAAAGCCGGUCGCUGAGGCAUAGGUACGCAAAGACGGCAAACGAAAAAGCAAAGGGGAGCGUUUAUCAGGAAGGAUAAUCCAGGGACACGCACAGAGAGAAGGUUACAUUGUGGAACACUGGGACAUGGCAACAUUAUAACUGGGCGAUAAUGUAACCGCUGAGUGCCCCUCACAACGCCAGCAAGCAGCCAGUACAAGCCAACUUUCACACAGAAGCACCGCCUCCUUUACUGGAAAACAUGACCGAAGACGCUUCCGAGGUUCCCAAGGAGCUGCUAGAAAGCGUCAGGGAUGUUAUUGGGAGGAAGAUUAAAAUCAUUUUGAAGAAGAAGGUAAAACUCGAAGUCAAAGGCGACAAGGUGGAAAAUAAAGUUUUGGUGCUGACAUCAUGCCGUGUUUUUCUUUUGGCAGCACGAAUCCCUACCAAGUUGGAACUCACUUUCAACUAUCUGGAGAUUCAAGGAAUAAAUUGCUGUAAGCCUGGACAGUUGGUUGUAGAAACUGAUCGAUGCACUUUUCCUCUGAAACUAACUUCAUCAGAAGAGGUGAAUGAAGUGGUGGGGAACCUAGGAUCGUGCCUCAAGAAGAUGCUCCCUGGUGUCUCCCCAAUGAGGGUAAUGAAAAAGGUAACAAUGGAACCAUCAGAUCGACUGUCAUCUCUUCAGGCAUUGUGGGAUAGCCAGAACAUUGCAGAACCAGGGCCUUGUGGUGGUUUCUCUCAGAUGUAUGCAUGUGUUUGUGACUGGCUUGGAUUGCCAUAUAGGGAGGAAGUGCAAUGGGAUGUGGAUACAAUUUACCUUACACAAGAUACCAGGGAACUGAACUUGCAAGACUUCAGCCACCUUGACCACAGAGACUUGAUACCAAUUGUUGCUGCGCUUGAGUACAACCAGUGGUUCACGAAGCUCUCCUCUAAGGAUCUUAAACUAUCCACAGAUGUUUGUGAGCAAAUUCUACGAGUUGUUGGUAGAUCCACACGUUUAGAAGAGUUGGUGCUAGAAAAUGGAGGCCUCCGAACGGAUUUUGCACAGAAGUUGGCCAGUGCCCUUGCUCACAAUCCAAACUCAGGACUUCACACAAUCAAUCUUGCCAAUAAUCCACUGGAGGACAGAGGCAUGUCCUCUCUGAGCAACCAAUUUGCCAAAAUUCUAAAGGGACUGAAACAUUUAAACAUGUCUAAAACCUCCUUGUCACCUAAAGGAGUGAACAGUCUUGCCCAAUCACUGAGUGCCAACCAACAAAUUCCUAACUCGCUCACGCACCUUGACCUCUCAGGGAACCUCCUCCGAGGAGAUGACCUAUCGAACUUGUACAGUUUUCUGGCUCAGCCAAAUGCCCUUUCUCAUCUUGAUUUGUCGAACACAGACUGUGCAUUAGAUAUGGUGUGUGCAGCACUUCUACGGGGCUGUUGUCAACAGCUGGCAUCUCUUCAUCUGUCUAAGAGUAUCUUCUCACACAGGAAGGGGAAGGAAGUCCCUCCAUCCUUCAAACUGUUCUUUAGCAGUUCACUGGCUUUGAGACAUAUCAACCUGUCAGGCACCAAACUCCCUCCGGAUGCAGUCAAAGCACUUUUACUUGGCCUUUCUUGCAAUCCUCAACUAAAGGAUGUUUCUCUUGACCUUAGCAAUUGUGAGCUAAGGUCAGGUGGUGCUCAGAUUUUAGAAGGCUGCAUUGCAGAAAUCCAUAACAUUUCAAAACUGGAUAUUUCAGAUAACGGUUUAGACUCCGAUCUUGCUACUCUUGUUGUAUGGAUGAGCAAGAAUAGAUCAAUUCGCCAUCUAGCCUUAGGCAAAAACUUCAAUAACAUAAAGUCCAAGAAUCUUGCACCUGUGCUUGAUAACAUCGUGCAGAUGAUUCAGGAUGAAGAAUCACCGUUAGAGUCACUAUCACUAGCAGAUUCAAAGCUUAAGACUGAAUUAACGAUAAUAAUUAAUGCUUUGGGAAGCAAUUCUUCUUUGACUAAAGUGGACAUCAGUGGGAAUGGAAUGGGAGACAUUGGUGCAAAGAUGCUGGGGAAGGCCCUACAAAUCAACACAAAGCUCAGGACAGUAAUUUGGGACAAGAAUAACAUAACUGCGCAGGGCUUUCAGGACAUUGCUGUGGCUUUGGAAAAGAACUAUACUUUAAGGUUUAUGCCUAUUCCUGUCAAUGAUGCCUCACAAGCAUUGAAAGCCAAUCCAGAAAAAACAGAGGAAGCACUACAAAAGAUUGAGAACUACCUGCUGCGAAAUCAUGAAACCAGGAAGUAUCUGCAGGAACAGGCCUACAGGUUACAACAGGGCAUUGUGACCAGCACUACACAGCAGAUGAUUGACCGGAUGUGUGUAAAAGUGCAGGAUCACCUCAACUCAUUGAGAUAUUCAGGUGCAGAUACUGUUCAAGAGGACGUGCGACUAGCUGAAAACUUCAUGAGAGAUGCCAAAAACUCCAAAACGCUGUUGCCAAGUCUUUAUCACCUGCGAGGAGCUUCUUGGGCAGCAGGAAUCAGUAGUUCAUCAAACCCCAUUCAGGACAAACUGGAAUCCAUGGCUGGAGAGGUCACUCGAGUCGUAGAUGAACAGCUCAAGACUAUGCUGGAGUCCAUGGUGGAUGCAGCUGAGGGACUGUGCCCUCACGUGAUGAAAAAGGCCCACCUGCGCCAGAAUUUAAUCGAGGCCAGCACCGAGAAAGUUUCCAUCCCUCGGACAUUUGUCAAGAAUGUUCUACUUGAGCAAUCAGGCAUCGAUAUUCUUAACAAAAUUAGUGAGGUCAAGCUGACUGUGGCAUCGUUUCUUUCUGACCAUAUUGUAGAUGAAAUUUUAGAAGCACUUUCAAGUUCACAACACAAACUGGCCAACCAUUUGACAAAGCGUGGAAAGCCACUACCACGACAGGAAUCUACAGAAAUAGAAGUGUUGGAAGAGAAGCCAACAAAGCGACUUGCUGUCACUGCUGAGGAACUGACCGAGUUAGAGAGGCUAGAAGAACUUGAUACCUGCAUGAUGACUCCAAAGUCGAAGCGGAAAAGUAUCCACAGCAGAAUGCUCCGUCCUGUUUCCAGAGCAUUUGAGAUGGAGUUUGACCUAGAUAAGGCUUUGGAGGAGAUCCCAGUCCAUUUUGAUGAGUCAGCUCCUGCUUCAAGUAUUUACAGCAAGCAAGAAAGGUCAUCACGGCCCAGCAGUAUGAUGACUGAACUACCCUCAGAAGAGGUAAAGAAACUGGAGCAUUAUACAAAAUCUAGACCCAAGAGGAACAAAAAGUUACCACCAAGCAAGACAGCUCUUUCUGCAGCAGAGUCCCAGGAGGGUGAACAGAAUGGCCUUAUGAGUAGAAUUGAUGAGGGAGUGGAUGAAUUUUUUACCAAGAAGGUAACACGAAUGGAGUCGAAGAGACUCUCACUAAAGAACUCAGAGUCCCUGGAUUCUGGUGAUUCAGAUGAAAAAAAGAGGAAGGACUCCAAAAAAACUAGUUUCCUAAAUUUAAUUAAAUCUCGGUCCAGCAAAACUGAACGGCCACAGACCGUGAUUGUGCCAGAAGAGCCAUCAUCACCCAAAGGAGUAAUGAAAAGUCCGGCCACAGACCUAACUAAAAGGGAAUCAAAGCAGGUGGAACAAAAUGGCAGCACAGAACAGCCAGAGGAGCACAAAACACCAGAUUCUGUGGAUGCUGUGUUUGAGGAUUCAGGAAAGGCAGAGAAGUCGGACAGCAAGAGCAGCCCACAAGGUGGCCGUUGGUACGGAGUCCAAGUUAUGGGCAGCGGACUCCUGGCAGAGUUUAAAGCUAAACAAGAAAAACGGGCUGCUGUGCAAAAGAAACUUGAAAAUGAAGCUGGAAGCAAGGAGUUGUAUGAAAAUGUGUCAAAUGCAGACCGUCUAGAUGAAACAGGUAGAGCCAAGGGCCAGCAAAUCCAAAAAGGGGAUCCCAGCUUGACUUCACCAGAGAAACUUACAAAACCUGAACCAAAGACUGAAACAGUGAAACCGAAGAGCUCCUCCACCACGCCUACCAGUCCAAAAAUGCCACCUCAAGUUCUCAAGCCCAGCAAUGUGGGACGUCCAAGUGUUCCUCAAAAGCCUAGGCCCAGCUGGAGCACAGAGGAAAACCCAGAAUCAUCAUUGGGUCAUAUUUCCCCCAAAAUUGCUCUGGUCCCACCUGUUCUUCGGCGAAUGCCAUCAGAUAAAGAUGGACAGAGCAGUCCUCCUUUCAGUGGACCCAGCAACUGGUCAUCUUCACAUGAAGAGCUAUUUGGACUUGAUAAUAGAGCUGACACAGAACAUGAUUCUGAAAUGGCAAAAAAUGGAGCACGUGUCAAAAGAACAUUGAGGCAAUCAUCAACAGGCGCAGUGAAUGAUGCAAGCGAGAUUGAGCGCAAGAAAUCACAGCCAAUAACUGUACGCCAAAGUUCUGUGUCGGAAACAAGUUCCAGGCAAAACCCACGCUCCGAAGAAAGUAAACUAGGCCGAUUUUCUGAGGAUCAAGAGUUGCGAGGGAAGGAGAAAAUGCCCAAGAGAGAGCGGCAGCAUUCGAAAAUGGAGGGGAAGAAUGGCAGCAAGUCCAGCGAUUCUGGAGAGGAAGGAGACAAAGACUACAUAUUUGUAUAGAGGCUUUUUGGGUCAGGAGGUUAUGCAGCACAAGAACACACAGUGAUACCAAGCAAUCAGGUGUAAAGAUGAUCACCAGCCAACCCUCAAAUUAAUACUUUAUAAAAGCUGGAAAAUGACAUUUAGAUUCCUGGCUUUUAAAACAAUCAUUUUAACAAAAAAAAAUUGAUUCUUUAAAAGGUUGUUUAUUACAUUUAAUUACUGCAUGCACAAUAUUUUUCUUUUAUCCCUGUGAUUCCGAUCUCUUCCCUUCAUCAUUCUUCCCUGCUUCCUGCCUGACAAGUUAACAUUCCUUUAUUUUAAGUUUUGCUACCAUGCUUGCAAAAGUUGGCAAUUUUUCUCAUGUACUGAAAUUCUGUAAAGCAGCUGUGUGGAAUACAUGCCUUGUACAAAGAUAUUGUAAACCAAGCAACCAAACUGGAAACUUUUAGGGUCGACUUCUAUACGAUGGAUAGCACGUUUACGGAUGUAAUCCUGUGUGCUUGUGUGUGUGUCAGAUGUGCACGCAAGAUGUAAUCCUGUAUGCAAUUGAGCAAAGUAAUGAUACUAACGGAGCACACUAAAUAAAUACAUUUGUAUAAUUUAUUAUAAAUAAAAAGAGGAGCUUGGAUAAGGGUUUGUAAUCUUCUAGCAGGGCAUCUUUUGUCCUCCAGGUGUACAAAUAGUCCAUUUCAGAUUACUAAAUCUGUUUUCACAAACAUUGCCAUAAGCACAAUGAGCAAGAAUUUUGGGGGAUGGUGGGUCCAUCAUGUGAGGUGUAACUUUUAGCAGUUUCAUGCUAAUGGACUGUUGGAACAGGGAAGUUUAUUUUUAUGUUAAUCAUUAGGCUAACUGAUGAUCUGUUUAUCUACCCACUUUUACAUCUGAAAUGGUUUAAUCAUUAUGCCUUCCAGUGGUAUAUAUUGCUCACUGUAAGCUAAUUCCAGUGUAGAGGGGAUUUCUUUCUGUAUAUAUUUGUACCAAUAAAGAGAAUGAUUCUA